UAAUAAAAGCCCAAACCCUAAUCAUUUCUCUCAAUUCUCUCUUCUUCUCUCGUGUUCUACCUCCUUAUCCACUCCACACUCUCUCGAAGAAGCAGAACAACCAUGGCUUCCACCAACGCUCUCUCCUCCGCCUCCAUUCUGCGCUCUCCCAACCACCAGGCGCAGGGUCUCACCAGAAGAGCCAACCAGUCGGCGAGGCUGAAUUACAAGAAACAACAAAACAACCGCUUCUCCGUCAAAGCCAACGCUAAGGAAAUCGCCUUUGACCAGCACUCUCGCCGCGCCCUUCAGGCUGGCAUUGAUAAACUCGCUGAUGCCGUCGGCCUCACUCUCGGCCCAAGGGGGAGGAAUGUUGUGUUGGAUGAGUUUGGAAGUCCUAAGGUUGUUAAUGAUGGGGUCACGAUUGCGCGGGCGAUUGAGCUACCUGAUGCCAUGGAGAAUGCUGGUGCUGCUUUGAUUAGAGAGGUUGCGAGUAGAACUAAUGACUCUGCGGGUGAUGGGACGACGACUGCUUCAGUUCUUGCUCGGGAAAUCAUUAAGCUUGGACUUCUUAGUGUGACCUCCGGUGCUAACCCGGUGUCCCUCAAGAGAGGGAUUGAUAAAACUGUGGCUGCUUUGAUUGAGGAGCUCGAGAAGAAGGCUAGGCCUGUCAAAGGUGGAGAUGAUAUCAAAGCUGUUGCUUCUAUUUCUGCUGGAAAUGAUGAGUUGAUUGGGCAUAUGAUCGCGGAAGCAAUUGGCAAGGUUGGACCUGAUGGUGUUUUGUCCAUUGAGUCUUCAUCCUCGUUUGAGACCACAGUUGAAGUUGAGGAAGGAAUGGAGAUCGACAGAGGGUAUAUCUCCCCUCAAUUUGUUACAAACCCCGAGAAGUCAAUUGUUGAAUUUGAGAAUGCAAGAGUCUUGAUCACAGAUCAGAAGAUAUCGGCUAUAAAAGAUAUUAUUCCCCUGUUAGAGAAAACCACUCAAUUGAGGGCACCCUUGCUUAUAAUUGCUGAAGAUAUCACUGGUGAGGCUUUGGCCACCCUUGUUGUGAACAAGCUACGCGGUAUCCUGAAUGUUGCUGCCAUCAAAUCUCCUGGCUUUGGUGAGCGGAGAAAGGCCCUCCUUCAAGACAUUGCUAUAUUGACAGGUGCUGAGUUCCAAGCUAGUGAUCUGGGACUACUUGUAGAAAACACCUCAGUUGAACAGCUUGGUUUGGCCCGGAAAGUGACCAUCUCCAAGGAUUCGACAACUAUUAUUGCUGAUGCAGCAUCAAAGGACGAGCUGCAAGCCCGUGUUGCACAAUUGAAGAAAGAGUUGUUUGCGACAGACUCAGUUUAUGAUUCGGAGAAACUGGCUGAGAGGAUUGCUAAAUUGUCUGGUGGUGUAGCAGUCAUCAAGGUCGGCGCUGCUACAGAGACUGAACUCGAGGACCGUAAACUCCGUAUUGAGGAUGCCAAGAACGCGACUUUUGCUGCCAUUGAGGAAGGUAUUGUCCCUGGUGGUGGCACUGCACUUGUUCAUCUCUCUGCUUUUGUCCCAGCAAUCAAGGAGAAGCUUGAAGAUCCAGAAGAGAGGCUAGGAGCUGACAUUGUGCAAAAGGCACUGGUUGCACCUGCAUCAUUGAUUGCUCAAAAUGCUGGAGUAGAGGGGGAAGUUGUUGUGGAGAAAAUUAAGAAUGGUGAAUGGGAGGUUGGUUACAAUGCCAUGACUGACAAGUAUGAGAAUUUAGUUGAGGCUGGAGUGAUAGACCCUGCUAAGGUAGCAAGGUGUGCUUUGCAGAAUGCUGCUUCAGUGGCUGGAAUGGUCUUGACCACGCAGGCCAUUGUGGUGGAAAAGGCCAAGCCCAAGGCACCUGUGGCUGCUGCUCCACAAGGCCUUACAAUCUAAGUUUUAGGUUACUUUGUUAUAGGAUCACGACUAAAGAACAGUUUUGUUCAGAAGAUUUUGAAUGCUUGAGUAUUUGAAUCUGUUCAAUCGAAAAAAGAAGUAAGUGUAUCAGUUUAGAUUUGUUUGGAUUGAUGAUGAGGUAGGAGGGAAAUGAGAAUAUUGAAUCUUAGUCAUAGUACGUUUUAUGAUUGAAUUAUGGAUAUUUUCCUCCAUUAAUUUUAUUCUCAAAGAGAAGGAAUAACUAAUGUUCCAAUUAUAUAUCAGAAACAAGUGUGAAAUUGUUUUAA